UGAAGGAAUAAGAUAGAAGGAAUAAUUGUGCCAAGUUUCGUCAAGAUAUCUUAAUAUUUACUCAAGUUACAGCUUGCACAGACGGACGGACGGACAGACAGACAUCCGGUUUUGAACUCCACUCUUCACCCUGAUCACUUUGGUAUAUAUGACUCUAUAUCUAACUCUUUAAGUUUUAGGUGUUACAAACAACCGUUAUGUGAACAAAACUAUAAUACUCUCUUUAGCAACUUUUGUUGCGAGAGUAUAAAAAAAUUUAUACAACUUUUUUGAUCUUUUCGAAUUAAAAAAAACUGCAAAUUUGAGGAUGAGGCUAGUUUCAGACAGAUAUGUCUGUGAAGAAGCAGAAGCAGGACCUGAGAAAUCGUGAAUACCGUUUUGAAAAGGACAAUUUCAAAAAAAAAAAAUUGAUGUUUCGCGGUAAGCCGAGCCAAUUUAGAUGCCGCAUCUGUAUCUCCGAAAAUAAAUUGAUUUUUGAAAUAUUCCCUGUAGACAAAAAAACGAUUUUUUUUUAAUUUCUACACCGGACUGAAGUGAAACCAGGGCUUAAUACACAUAACCUACAGCAAAGAUUUUGACUAAAGGAUUUUGCCGCUUAGAGAUCCAAACAGGUCCAAACCAGCUAAUGAGCGAAUUUACUCAUACAACAACCCUCUCCGUAUGGUCUGACCAAAUGGUUUCCUGUGCCUUCCAUAAGUAUACCUCAAUUACAAUUAAGCUCACGCUUUCUGCUUUAGGGUGUAGCUAAUCGUUGAAACUACAACAACUAAAGGAUUUUUUGAUGUGACUGUAGUGCAGAGGUCCGGUAUACACUUCUGAAUUUUUUACAUACACUUCCUUUGUUUUCGGAAACUUUAUUUUUUAUCGAAGAGCGACUGUCCUCUCCAAUCAAUCCUUAUUGACAAAUAGAGUUCAGGUUAAUUAUAGUUGUAGUUGUUGUACCGAAUGUCAUGAGAACGAUUUCCAUCAGGGUCUUUUAAUCUCCCUUCAAAUUAACAUAUGUUCACAUAUGUAUGCAUUUGCUUGAGUAUUUGAUCUUGCGUUUGCAUAUGUGAGGUAUGUAUGUAUGUAUGUAUGUACGUGUAAAUUGGUAUUCACGUGUAAGCAAUAGCAUGCAGUCGAAUUUAUUUUCGUGCCUUGCAAUUUGUAAACAAAAAACGAACAGAAAGACGCGCAGCCGAAGUAAACGAUCUGUUUAGGUCAUGGACCACAAUAGCGGCAGUCUGCUUGGGGGAUCAAAAAGGAGACUAUUUUUAGCAUAUCCUGUUGUGCAGUUACUCUCCAAUGGCAUGAAAGACGCAUUUGACAAACAGUGCGUGCACGAGUGGAACGAAUAUUUUUACAAUUCGGCAUUCGGUCCAUAAAUAACUGAAUAUUUAUAUUGUCGCAAUAAACAAAGUAAUUAAAAAAAAAGAAAAAAUUAUAAAAAAUACAACAAAAACCAUUAAUUUAGAAAAUAUAUAAAAAAGGGUUAAAAACAAAAAAUAAAAAAUAAAAUUUUUAAAAAAUAUUUAAAAAAAUUAUUAAAAAAUUAUUAAAAAAUAUUUUAAAAAAUUAUUAAAAAAUAUUUUAAAAAAAUUAUUAAAAAAAUUAUUUAAAAAAAUAUUAAACUAAUUUUUAAUAUAAUAAACUAAUAAAUUGCGAAUACACUUUUAAUCGUCUGCCAUGUCAUUUGGUAUGCGCGGUGUUGGCCAAAAUUUCGGCUUCAAACUUUGUUGUUGUCGCGUGUGUACUUGCGUAAAUUUUGGUUUCGUGAAUUCACGUGUGGGUUUACUCAAAAUACUACAGCUAACGUUGGCUUUCUUAUGUGAGGGCCUGCUGGUGCGUUAUGGCGUGCCGGAAGCAGACACAAUUGGACAGGCGUUGACCAGCAUGCUCACAACGACCGCUUACUGCUUCACCACCACAGCCAUACUGAUUAUUUGCUAUUGCUUCUCGGAGAAGUCCACCAGUCUUAUAAGACAAUCACUAUUUGAGACACUCUUCAAUGCAGUCGCUUGCAGCUUUUACUUCAGCUCCUCCAGCUAUAUGGGUUUCGCCUGUGUGGUGUGGUUGCAUCCGCAAUUUCUGGUGCGUCCCGGUUUUUGGGCCUAUCCCGCAAUGACGGCGGCGUAUUAUCUUGGCUAUGCUGCGGGCAUUUUGCAUGCCAUCGAUGCCUAUUUGGCUUUCAGAUAUUACAGAGGGAGUCGUUGACUUGUUGAGUUAAGUUCAGCAAACUAGUUGUUACGAUUUUAUUUAAAAUGUAUGUAUUUCACAUAAAAAUUAAUUAAUUUAAUUAUUGUAUGCGGCACACUGUAGGCACUUAUGUGAGUAUAUAUUUAUAAUAUUAAUAUUUGGUGGCGGUUUUUUAUACACAAAAUAAUGUAAAUGAAAUAUUUAGAAAAUAUUAUUAAUGAAAUGUAUAAAGUUAAAUAUGAA